UAGCAGCGGCGCAUUCUCGCCGUGUUCUAUCCAAACAAUGACUCCUACUACGGAGCGGAGGAAAGCACGCCAAUAGAAUGCCUCUGACGGCACCGAUUUCGCUGCUAUUCCGUCCCCUCACUUAACAAAACCAUGUGGAUACCUACGGAGCAGGAAAAAUACGGCGUCGUGCUGGCCAGUUUCCGAGGUACCGUCCAGCAUGGCCUCCCGCUAGAAAUCGGCGACACGGUGCAGAUCUUGGAGAAAUGUGAAGGCUGGUACCGAGGAUUCAUUCUGAAGAAUCCAAAUGUCAAGGGUAUCUUCCCAUCCAGUUACAUCCACCUGAAGAACGCCCAUGUCAAGAAUAAAGGGCAAUUUGAGACGGUCAUCCCCGUGGAGGACACGGUCAUCACCGAGAUGACGUCGACCCUGCGGGACUGGGGGGCCAUGUGGAAGAGGCUCUACGUGAAGAACGAAGGGGAUUUGUUCCACCGGCUUUGGCACGUGAUGAAUGAAAUUUUGGACCUGAGGAGGCAGGUGCUGGUGGGCCACCUCACACACGACCGCAUGAGGGACGUCAAACAGCACAUCACAGCCCGAUUGGACUGGGGCAACGAACAGCUGGGUUUGGACCUGGUCCCGAGACAGGAGUUCAGCAUGGUGGACCCGGAUGAAAUCAGCGUGACAGAGCUGUACAGACUGAUGGAGCACCGGCAUCGCAAGAAGGAAACGCCGACGCCCGCCAGCACCCAUCACUUGUUUGUCCACGUCAAGAGCUUGAUGAGCGCCAAUCUGGGGGAGGAGCUGGAGGUCUUCUUCCACAUAUAUGAUGGGCGGGAGAAUCGGCCACUUAGUGAAAGGUUCUUUGUCCGGCUGAAUAAGAGCGGCUUGCCCAAGUCCCCAGAGAAGACGGAAAGACAGUGCACACUAUUUGUGGAUCUGGGAAGCAGCGACCUACGGAAAGAUGUCUACAUUGUUGUGCACAUGAUAAGAAUAGGGAGAAUGGGCGCCGGAGAGAAGAAGAACCAGUGUAGCGUUCAGUACCGCCGGCCGUUUGGCUGCGCCAUCGUAAGCAUCGCCGAUCUGCUCACGGCAGAUUCCAAGGAUGACCACCUGCUCAAGGUUUACGCGUGUAACACAGAAAGUGAGUGGCACCAAAUCCACGAGAACAUCAUCAAAAAGGCCAAUUCGAGGUACAACCUGUCUGGAUCCAACACAGGGCUGGCAGUGGCUCUCCAGCUCCUCCACGGCGACAUCGAUCAGCUGAGGCGGGAGUACAUGGUUCUGUUCACUCGCGGCGUGUCCAUCACCAGGAAGCUGGGCUUCUCUGAUGUCAUCAUGCCAGGAGAGAUGAGAAAUGACCUUUACAUCACACUGGAGAAAGGAGAGUUUGAAAAGGGUGGGAAAAGUGUCGCCCGUAAUGUGGAGAUCACCAUCUACGUGCUGGAUAUUGAUGGACAAAUCCUCAAGAGUCACGUGGCCGCAGGUUCCGGUGAACCCGGUGCGGACGAGUACCACUCCCUGGUGCUGUACCACAACAACAGCCCUCGCUGGACGGAGCAGAUCAAGCUGCCCAUCCCCGUCGACAUGUUCCGGGGGUCGCACGUUCGCUUCGAGUUCCGACAUUGCUCCACUAAAGAGAAGGGGGAGAAGAAGCUGUUCGGCUACUCCUUUGUCCCCCUGAUGCAAGAGGACGGAAGGACUCUGCCAGAUGGCACGCAUGAGCUCAUUAUCCAUAAGUGUGAAGAGAACACCAAUUUGGCCGACUGCACACGUUAUCUGAAGCUGCCUUUCUCCAAGGCCAACAUCCCGUCCAACAACCAGACACUGAAAGGCACCAAGGAGUCUUUCUGGAUCACCAGCUUCCUCUGCUCCACCAAGCUCACACAAAACGGCGACAUGCUGGACCUGCUGAAGUGGCGAGCGCACCCGGAGAGGAUCAACGACAGCCUCUCCAAGCUGAAGGAGAUCGACGGCUCGGAGAUUGUCAAAUUUCUGCAAGAUACCUUGGACACACUUUUCGGCAUUCUGGAUGAGAGCUCACAGAGAUAUGGACUCAAGGUGUUUGACUCGCUGGUUCACAUCAUCAACCUUCUGCAAGACAGCAAAUUUCAGCACUUCAAACCAGUGAUGGACACCUACAUUGAAAGCCACUUUGCAGGGGCUCUGUCAUACAGGGACCUGAUCAAAGUUCUCAAGUGGUACGUGGACCGCAUUGUGGAUGCCGAACAUCAGGAUCACAUCCAGCAGGUCCUCAAGGCCAGCGAGUACAUCUUCAAGUACAUCAUCCAGUCCCGUCGCCUCUUCUCCUUGGCAACAGGAGGCCAGAGCGAGGACGAGUUCCGCGUCUGCAUCCACGAGCUCUUCAUGUCCAUCCGCUUCUUCCUCUCGCAGGAAAACAAAGGCACAAGUGCGGUGGCGCAAACGCAGGCGGUCUUCCUGCGGACCUUCCCGGCGGUCUACGGCGAGCUCCUGAAGAUCUUCACGGUGCGAGAGGUGGCCGGCUUCGUCAGAGAGACGCUGGGCAGCCUGCCUACCAUCCUCCACGCCGACUGCCCCUUGGAGGCCGUCAAACUGCAGUGCCUUGCCAAGACGGUGGAGAGCCAGCUUUACGUUAACCCAGAAUCGAGGUGCAUCCUGUUGCCAGUGGUGCUGCGCAUCCUGCAGGCCCACAUGCAGGAGCAGAAGGACCUGGUCAUGUGUGCGCGAAUCCUCACCAGCAUGCUGUCGCUCAUCAAGAAGGAGGAGAAUGGCACUUCUGAGCCAAUCACCUCUGAGGAGGUGGACCUGAUAGUGGAAAGCCUGCUGGGAGUGUUGCUAAGGACCAUCCUGGAAAUCAGCAACCGACCACAGCCUGCUGGGCCUGCGAUGAGACUGCAAUUCCAGGAUGUCACUGGGGAGUUUGUGGCGUGUUUGCUAGCGCUCCUGCGACAGAUGAGUGACAGACACUACCAGCAGCUGCUGCAGGCAUUCAGCAGCAAAGAUGACUUGAGGGACUUCCUUCUUCAGAUCUUUACCGUCUUCAGGAUCCUAAUCCGGCCUGAGAUGUUCCCUAAAGACUGGACGGUCAUGCGGCUGGUCACCAACAAUGUCAUCAUCACCACCGUCCUCUACCUCUCCGACGCCCUGAGGAAAAACUUCCUCAAUGACAAGUUUGACUACAAGGUGUGGGAUUCCUAUUUCUACCUGUCUGUGUUGUUCAUCAACCAGCCCUGCCUUCAGCUGGAGUCUUUCUCUCCCUCCAAGAGGAAGAAGACUCUGGAGAAGUAUGGAGACAUGAGGGUGAUGAUGGGCUGUGAGAUCUUCAGUAUGUGGCAGAAUUUAGGGGAGCACAAGUUGAGCUUCAUCCCGGCGAUGAUCGGCCCCUUUCUGGAGGUGACGCUCGUCCCGCAGCCCGACCUGAGAAAUGUGAUGAUCCCCAUCUUCCAUGACAUGAUGGACUGGGAGCAAAGACGCAGCGGCAAUUUUAAACAGGUGGAGGCGAAGCUGAUCGACAAGCUGGACAGCCUGAUGUCGGACGGCAAAGGAGACGAGACGUACAGGGAGCUCUUCAACAGCAUCAUUCCUCUGUUUGGUCCGUACCCUAGCCUGCUGAAGAAGAUCGAGCGCGAGACCUGGAGGGAGAGCGGCAUCUCCCUCAUCGCCACCGUCACCCGAUUAAUGGAGAGGCUGCUGGACUACAGAGACUGCAUGAAGCUGGGUGAAGUCGAUGGCAAGAAAAUAGGAUGCACCGUCAGUUUGCUGAACUUCUACAAAACAGAGCUGAACAAGGAGGAGAUGUACAUCCGCUACAUCCACAAGCUUUACGACCUCCAUCUCAAGGCGCAGAACUACACAGAGGCGUCCUACACCCUGCUGCUGUACGACGAGCUCCUGGAGUGGUCGGACAGGCCGCUGCGGGAGUUCCUCAACUACCCCAUGCAGAGUGAGUGGCAGCGCAAAGAGUUCCUGCACCUCACCAUUGUGCAGAACUUUGACAGAGGCAAGUGUUGGGAGAACGGCAUCAUCCUGUGCAGAGAGCUGGCGGACCAGUAUGAGUCCUACUAUGACUACAGGAACCUCAGCAAGAUGAGGAUGAUGGAAGCCUCUCUCUAUGACAAGAUCAUGGACCAGCAAAGGCUCGAGCCGGAAUUCUUCAGGGUCGGAUUCUACGGGAAGAAGUUCCCCUUCUUCUUAAGGAACAAGGAGUUUGUGUGCCGCGGCCAUGACUACGAGAGGCUGGAGGCCUUCCAGCAGAGGAUGCUCACCGAGUUCCCGCAUGCCAUCGCCAUGCAGCACGUCAACCAGCCGGACCAGACCAUCUACCAGGCGGACGCGCAGUACUUGCAGAUCUACGCCGUGACCCCCAUUCCCGAGAGCCAGGACGUGCUGCAGCGAGACGGCGUGCCCGACAACAUCAAAAGCUUCUACAAGUUCAAUCACAUCUGGAGGUUCCGUUACGACCGUCCCUUUCACAAGGGCACCAAAGACAAGGAGAACGAGUUCAAGAGCCUGUGGGUGGAAAGGACGACCUUGACCCUAGUCCAGAGUCUUCCCGGCAUCUCACGGUGGUUCGAGGUGGACAAGCGAGAGCUGGUGGAGGUGAGCCCGCUGGAGAACGCAAUCGAGGUGAUCGAGAACAAGAACCUGCAGCUGCGCACGCUCAUCACGCAGUGUCAGAGUCGGCAGAUGCAGAACGUCAACCCCCUCACCAUGUGCCUCAACGGGGUCAUCGACGCCGCCGUCAACGGGGGGCUGGCCCGCUACCAAGAGGCCUUUUUUGUCAAGGACUACAUGAUGAAUCACCCCGAGGACGGCGAGAAGAUCGGCCGCCUGAGAGAGCUCAUGUUUGAACAGGCUCACAUUCUGGAAUACGGCCUGGCUGUCCACGAGAAGGUGGUCCCCCAGGACAUGAGGCCUCUCCACAAGAAGCUGGUGGACCAGUUCCACCUGAUGAAAUCCAGCCUGGGCAUCCAGGAGUUUCCGGCUUAUGUGCGUGCGAGCCCGGUGCACUUUACCAAUGGAAGCCCGCGCACGUGCAGGAACUCGGUGCCCAGCAUCAUCAGCCCGGACGGCGGUAGAGGGGUCGCCAGACGAAGCCUGCUCAGCUACCCGGCGGUGAACCGCUACUCGUCCUCCUCGCUGUCCUCCCAGGCGUCCAACGAGGUCAGCAACAUCACAGGGCAGUCAGAGAGCUCGGACGAAGUCUUCAACAUGCAGCCCAGCCCAUCUACCUCGAGCCUGAGCUCCAACCACUCUGCCUCGCCCAACGUCACCAGCUCAGCGCCCUCUAGUGCCCGAGGUUCGCCGCAGAUGGCGGAGAAACACAAGCAUUCCAGAGAAAACGCCUGCCUGUCUCCCAGAGAGAGGCCCGUCAGCGCCAUCUUCCCCAACCCUCUGGACCCCACGCAGAGGGCUGCUCCUCAUCAUAUAGGUGAUGCCACUUUACCCCGCAGUGACCCCAACCUCUCAGCUCCUGACAAAGUGCGAGCCACGCCCAGUAGCUGGAGCCUCGACAGCGUCAAAGAGGGCGUCAUGUCCUUCUCUGACCCUGUCGGCAAGCUGCUAUGCCCUCCCAUCCCUCCCAGGCCACCGUACGCAGGCUCUGCGGCGAAAAACAUGAGGUCCCAGUCGCCCGUCCUCAUGUCCAGGUCGCCGCAAAAGACCACCGUGCCCCCCUUCACCCCUUCGCCCACCGAGUGCCAUUCGUCCAGCCUGGUCUCCAACUCGCCCGUCCUCUCCGGCAGCUACAGCAGCGGCAUCUCCUCCCUCAGCCGCUGCAGCGUCUCCGAGGCGUCGGGCAACGAGUUACCCGCCGUCGGCGACCUGCCCGCGCAGCCGGCCACCACCCCCAACUCGGCCCCCGACGAGCCCAUCCGCAGGGAGAACAAGACGCCGCCCCCUUACAGCGUCUACGAGAGGAACAACCCCCGCCGGCCCGUACCGCUGCCUCACAGUCUCUCCAUCCCCCCGCAGACGGACGCUCCAGCCCUGCCUCCCAAACCUCACCAGCUGCGCACGGGCAGCAUGAAGCUGGACGGAACCUCGGACCCUCGGGUGCCCCGACCGAGGCCUCUACCGCGGAAGGUGUCUCAGCUUUAGGUGCUGGGAAGACGGAACACACUGGCAUUAUUUGCACUUUUAGGGCACUCACCUGCUUUUUCUUUAGUUUUUCUAUUGACCAACACACUUUUGAUAGGUGUCAUCAUGGGAAAUAUAUGUAUAGGAGGAUAUACUGGAUUGGUUUUGCCUUAAUUGGGAAUCUUGCACGUUUUUUUUGUACAUUUCUACACUGUAUGGUGCUUGAGGAGGAGCAUGCACUUUGACUCAAGUGUAGUAACGUGCUCUCGUCAUAUCCACACUAGCAACGGCUCACAAUCUUUUUACUUUACAGCGACAACGUUUCAGGGUAUCUGGGCCCCCCCACUCCCCCCCGUAGACUUUUGCACUUUUCGUAACAGGACCAAACAAAAACGCAAAUAUCAGCUUUUUUCUGCAUGCUUCAGAGCCUGCAUGACCUUAAAGGGGCGGGUUACUACUAAAGUAUUGUGCCAAAGGAAAAUGCACAAUUUAAAGCAAGAUUCUCCUUUUAAAUUGGUGCCAAGGAACCCCCAAAAUGCUCUAAUCUGCUGUAAUUUAAAGCACAAGUCUAUCAUUCUCGACAAGUACUGUUAUGUAUUCUCUAUUGGACAAUUGGAGUUUAAAAAUGCAUCGGUCACAUGUGUACAGUUUCACUUUUGUAAGCAAACGGCAUCAUAUUGUCAAGUCUGAAUUUUAGCAGCCUGCAUUUUUGAGAAAGGUGGGAUUAGUGGGCGCUCUAGUAUUGUUUGUAUGUCUCUUUUUUGGGGGGGGGGUUGUGAAUGUUUAUUUUCACAUGAAUCAGUUCUGGAGAACCUGUAAAUUAUGCCAUAAGAUUAAUGUAAGUAAGCCAAAUAUAAAAGAGAAAAAAAAUGUGUAUUGCAAUUUAUGUAAAUAGUGUGUUUUUAACGACAAAAGAACAAACAAUGUAGUUAUAACAAUUUACAGCUUUGAAUGUAAUGUUGACGCAGCAAAUGAUGAUGAUUAUUAUUAUUAUUGUAAAUGUUUGAUGGUUUUUGUGAGUGUAGAAAAACAAAGGUCAUACAUAAAUGGCGUCCUAACACAUUUACAAGUUCAAUAAACUGUCCAAUGUAGACGAUGUGUUUGCGUUAUUAGAUCUUUAUUCAGAUUGAUAUAAAAUCACAUUAUGUUAUCUUGUGUUCUGUUAGUGCUAGCAUCAAAGCUAAUUACUGUUGAAUAUGAUUUGUAUGUAAAAAAAAUUGCGCUUAAUAUCACGGUAUGAAGGCGAUAACAAGAAAUGGAGUUGUAAAAUGCUGUAUGCCAGUGGUUUCACCAUCAUCUCCCACCAUCACCCUUCAGUGGCCACCCAAAUUGUGGAAAUCUCCUCCUCCUCCCGCAAAAAGUGACGAAAAUUGUAAAAAAAAAAAAAAAAAAAGGUAAAUAUUUAAACACUCUAGCACACGUCUAGCACAGGAAAUAUGCAUUUUUAUUUUUUGCGGCGUUUUGGUGCCACGAGCACUUUAAAGCGCUGUAUGGAUUUGACGUAGUGCGAAAUAACACGGCCUGCCAGCACUAAACAAGUUGCAUGAUCAGUUCUGCAACAAUACCUUUUCCGAAGUUUUUUGAAAAAAAGUGUGUGUGUGAAAGUUUUCAGUCCACGUUAUCUCUGGGGAGUUGAAUCAGAGCGUUUGCACAUGGACCUGGACGAGAAGUGAAACAAGUUAAAAAUCAACCGAGUCCAGUUUCUCUGAUUUAUAGUGCAUGAAAGCCCAUUUCUGCCACUGAAAGAAAAAUAUAUCCCAAUGGUAAACCAUAAUUAUGAGAUAAGAAAGUCAUAAUUCUGAGUUUAAAAACUACAAAUUAUGAGAUUAAAUAUCAUAAUUAUGAGAUAAGUAAAAACUGAGUUAAAAAGGUCAUAUUAAUGAGAUAAAAAGUCACACUGGAGCCUUCAUCACAUGCGCACUUUGUAUCAUAAUUUUUUCUCAUAGACUUUUUUUUAAUCUCAUAAUUUCAAUUUUUUAUCUCAUAAUUUUGACUUUUUUGUCUCAUCAUUUUGACUUUUUAUUUCAUAAUUAUGACUAUCUUAAUUUAAACUUUUUAUCUCAUCAUUUCGACUUUUUAUUUCAUAAUUCUGAUUUACCACUGGGAUUUUUUUUUUCCAGUGACGGAAACGGGCUUCCAUAGAUUCAACACUCAGUAGGGUAAAUGUAAUAACGGCAGCAGACUGUACCUGGUAGUCUUCAUUGUGGGCGGAAUUUCCCCGCGUAACACAGCGUGAGCUUUCCGAUAUGUAGCUACAGUAUCUAGCUGCGUGUCGGUGAGACGGCGCCUUAAGUCCACACUCGAUCUUCUCCUCCCGGUCAAGCUUGACCAACUCGCCCAUGAACAAAGCACGCACUUCGUUGAGGCGUAGCAAGCGAAUAGCCCAGACAUGAGGUGCGUUCAUGGACAUCGGGUCACUACAAUUUUUUUUCAAAGACCCCGCGACCCACCAUUUGAGAAUCCCUGCUAUGCUGCAUUUUGCAAUCGGCGAUAAUUACCACAAAACCACUAUUUAUGUCAAGUAACAACAGGUACAUGAAGCAGAUAACAGCAAAUGAAAGGUCAACAAUGAGGUGGGCACAGAUUCUCCAUUGCAAAAUGGCCACCAUGUACUCACUUCCUGUCCUGACUAGAAACAAAGUAAAUUGUGAGGUGUUGUAAAAUAACUGAAGACACCUGCUACUUGUUUACCUUUUAAAUUACUUUAUUUACACUUGGACUCAAUGAAUACAUAACAGGUACAUCCAGUCUUAUUUCAGCUGCAGUCAUACUAGCUUCACGCUAGCUACAUUUUGCCAUUUUGGUGGUUUUUAACGUGUUUUGUGGCGUCCAUCUUGUAACUGCAAAGCUGGACUACUUGUGUUUGUUUUUUGUGUUAGCCGCAUACAGUAGUUUAGUGUCCGUUGUAUUCCACUGCGUCUAAUUACAGUACAUUUAAUUUGCCUUUCAAAGCUUUAGAAUUGUGUUGCUUUGUAAAUUGUGUAUCUCUCUUGCAACUCAUCAUAAUUACACACGCUUGGCUGUAAUUUAGCAACAAUUAUCAUGUCAGGAAAGCGUCGCAUGUUAAUUGUACAGUCUCCUUGUAGAAUCAUCUAUUCCAAAUGGAGAGAUUAUGGAGGGAUGGCUGCAGUUGCAUAGAACAAAGGCCUAAACAAGAGGUAAAAACAGCAGGUAAAAAAAGAAUACUAUAGCUGGAAGGCAUGCACUUGUAAGAGCAGGUAAAUAUUAUGAGCUGCUGUAAUUGUAAACACAUUCAGCACUUUUCUUGGGGCAUUCAUUACAUCCAGCGCGGGCUUUCUGCAGAGCACGUUUAGCCCCAUUAUACAAGCACUAAACAUCCUCCAUUUAUAGCAUUCACCGGUAAUGAUACAGAAUUAUCAGGAGCGGUGCUGGGUAUUAAUGCUGUGCUGCCUGGGGUGAAUUUUGGAGAACACACAGCCACAGAGAAACCCAAAGGUGUUUGUCUCGCUCUGCAAAUCUCUCCAGGGAGAAUGGAAGCUUUUUUUUCCAAAAAAAGAAAAAAGAAGAGCGUUUUCAUCUCCCUGCUCUAUUCCCAUAUAUUGUGUCUUCUCGUAGUUUUAUUAGGGAUUUUUCACCUGGCGGCUUCAAAGGCUACAGCUUGUUUUUAGUGGCGUCAUGAGUGAAGUUUAAUUUUUUGACUGGCGCCGUCCUCGGAGGACGCCUGCCAUCGAACGGGGGAGAUGACAGCCGGGUUUGGAGUGCUUUGAAAGCGGAAUGAGACGAGAAAAAAAGGCAUGAGGGAAAUGCUGUUGCGUGAAUGGCUUAGAGGAUGCGAACGCCAUUUUAGAAACGAAUGCGCCUUUCGGUGUCAGGCGCGGUUCAGGCUUUUGGUUUGCAACACGGUGUGAAUGGAAUUGAGAGACGUUGAUUAAUAUUAACUCAUUCAAUCCCAGACGUUUUUCAAAAGACAACCCCUUCAGUAUUACAUCAAUAUUUUGACUAUUGAUUAUGACUUCAUUCUCGAAAUCUCUGAUUUUUUUUCAGUGUGGCCCUGAUAUUCUGUUGUAAAAAAAAAAAAAAGUUAUCUAUGUAAUAUUAUGAAAAACAAAUGAAACAACGAAUAAAGUUGUAAUUUUUGGAAAAUUAGGCUGUACAAAAAGUCAUAACGUUACGAGAAUGAAGUCAAACUAUUUUGGGAAUAAAGUCAUAGUCGCGAGAAGGCAAUUUACAAAACGAAAGUUGAAAUAGUUGGAAAGUUACAAAAAGCAACAGCAGAAAUGGGAAAAAAAACUGCUGUAAUUUUACAAGAAAGUUAAAAAGAAAAGCAUUAUGAGAAAAAAGUCAUAUUCCAACGAGAAAAAAUUAUUGUGGGAAUAAAGUCAAAAUAUUAUGGGAAUAAUAUUAUGAGAAGAAAAUUUACAAAGAUUAUUUUAGGAGAAAGUUUCAAUAUUUGGGAAAAAAAGGCAAAAAUGGGGGAAAAAAGAGCAAAGACCGAAGUUGAUGCUAAUAAUUAGCUUUUUCACCUGUAUCACAAAGCAGAGAUGCAGUUUUUCCUUGAAAUAUACAACAAAAAUGUCAUUUUUCACUACGUGUGUGGAAAAAGUUUGCAUUCAAUGAACUGGUGUAUUCAUGAAUUAAUGACACAUUUGAGUCAUUAUUCCUUAUUUCAUGAAUUAACGGAAUUCAUUCAUUAAUUUAUUGAAUUAUGGACACAUUGAAGUCCUGAUUUAUUUAUUUGCUUCUGUCCCAUUUGAUCCUCCGCAAAAGUGAAAAUGAAAACCGACUUUUGGAAAAGUUCGGCCAUGGUUUGCCUGGGAGUGUGGAGAUGGGAGAGGCGUGGGAAUGAUAAGGCGUGGUGAACCAGCGUAGGCUGAUUGCUGCAUGAGGAUGCAGGCUUCGUGUUUUGUUAUCACUCCUGACAUGGUUUACUACCGGGUUCAAAAGUGCACGUGAAAAUGCCUGCCUAUCUGCCUGCUGCUCCCUCUGCAGGCUCCUAUCAUCGGAAGCUU